AUGGCUCAAACAAUCAACCACACAUUCAACUCCCUCCUCAACCGCAUCAUUUCAAAUCCCAACGCCGAAGCUCCGAAAAUUCAUAAUGCCUUACGCAUCGGUAUCUUAUGCGAUGAAUCAUUCGAUCCCGAACACAUCAUCAUCCCCGCCCGCACAAAAUCCGACCUCAAAAUCACUGCAAUCGCAACCCCCGAUCCCGCCCUAACCCAACGACUCGGAAAGACCCACUCAAUCCCCCGUACCUACGAUACCUACGCCCAUCUCAUCCGCUCCCUUCAUAUUGACGCCGUAUACAUCGCUCUCCCUUUCCCUCAACGCCACGCCAUCAUCCUCCAAUGUAUCAGGAAAGAAAUGCCAGUCCUUUGUGAAGGACCCAUCUCCGUGUCCGGUGAAGAAGCACAAGAAAUCUACUCAAGGGCCGCCGAGAAACAGUUAGAGGAAGGUGGAAAGGGGGUAUUGAUUCUCGAGGAUCUGUGGGUAUUGGCACACCCCGCAACCCACCGCGCCCGCGAACUCGUCCAAAAAGCCGGGACCCCAGUCCGUGCCACCAUCAAAUGGACCGCGACAGACGGAAUAGACGCAACAUCCAUGACCCACCAAUGUCUCUCCCUCCUCCGCUUCCUCAUCGGUUCCGAAGUCGCGGACGUCACAACCUCCGAAGUGAGGCGGAAUGCAGCGGAUGGAACUUUGGCUGAUGCCGUGACUGCUGAACUCCGCUUCAUCAACGGCUGUAUUGCAACCCUCGAAGUCGACACCCGUGUCGCCCCUACAAGCCCCGUCGGAUUCCUAGGCGGGUUGGGAUUGGGUAAGAAAGAAGAUGCACCAACCAUCGAGAUCGACUGCGAACACCAAAAAGUUACAUACUACAACUUUACCACCCCAAACAUCUUCAACACCCUGUCCCUAACCCCUCUCCCCCCCAUUACCGACCACGUCUACUCUGGCACCCCCUGGCCAUCAUACCCCACCGAGUCAGCUUGGACUCCGCAUCGCUUUGUGUUGGAAGGAUUUUGUUUGGGGGUCAAGGGGAGGAGUAGUGGAGCAAGUCCGUGGUGGGUGAGACGGGAGUUUAGUGAGAGUGGGGUUGAUGUUCUUGGAUUGGUUUUCGGGAGGGGAGGAAUGGUCCUUGGUGGGGGAAUGGGUGGGGCCGAGGCGACGUUCUCGAUUGAGUGA